AAGUAGACAAACACUUUCGAAAAAUAGUUGGCGCGCGCGUGUGCUUCUCUUUGCAAAAAAAAUUUUCUUCUUCAAAAAGAAAGAAAAAAACACACAAAAAAUCCAUCAUCAAUUCUUCUUGUGUUGUGUUUAGUAGUGAGAAAAAAAAACUUUAUUUUUUACAACUUAUUUGUUAUUAAUUUUAUCCUUGACUCAAAAUAUUGAAGAAAAUCCAUCGAAAACUUAUCAAACAAGCGAAGAAUUACAAGAAUAAAAAAUUCCCUCCAAAAAAGUCACACCAAGAAAAAAAAAACGUUUUCUCUGUGAUUUCUGUGGAUCUGGAUUAUCUACUUGAUUGGCGCGCAUAGAAACGACCAAGACAAACGACAACGGCGACAAAUUUCAACAACGACGGAAAAGAAGAAAAAAAUUAUUGAGAAUUUAUUUUUGUGAUUCGACGAGACUUUUUGGUGACUCGGAUUGAUUCUUUUAUUUUUUGUUUGAAGGGAUUCGCCAAGAAAAAGAAUCUUCUUCCUCCUGUCAAAAUGCCAAUUUGCAAACGUGAAGGAUUCGAGAAUUUCUCGGAGAAUAAUAAUUCCAAAAAGAGGAACACAUUCCAUGACAAUGAGAAGGUUUUUUAUUGCGAGACUACCAAGCAAAUAUUUCGUGAUUAUGAGGAUUACUUUCGUCACGUGAUGGUCAUCAAUUCCACCAUUUGGCAAUGCGAAGUAACAAAACGCGAAAACCUCACAUACGCUGAAGCGCUAAAAAGUGAACGACGUGCCCUCAAAAAAAGAGAACAAUUCAAAGAUGCUCUACGACCUAUAGUAUUGUUGAUAGUAGAAAAAGCACAACAGUCUUCCAUGAAGACUUUAUGUCGUAUACUUUAUCCAUUUAUACGAGCUCGUUACUUCAUCAAUGAAGAAGUAGAAGCAACACACAAAAAUAACUCAACCUUUAACAAAUAUGUCGUAACUUCUAUCGCUCCUUCAUCACCUUCCAAAUCCCCGCCUGAUGGAUCAGUCUAUGAUCCCGCAAAAUUAACAUAUACUCUAAGAAAAAUCGAUGGUCAAAAUUCUGGCAAUGAAUUUAAAAUACCCCACGAACAAAUCCGUCGAUCAAAGACCUCAUUUAGUCAUGAGAAUUUAAGAAUGUACUUAGAUGAUAAUGUUGUACGAGUUGAAGGCAUACUUCGUCCAAAACCAGAAUCAUAUAAAAAAUACAUUACCGACAGAAAAGCAACAUUCACAAAAAUGUUUAUUGGUAAACUGCCACAUUUCGAACCUAGCAGACCGAAAAAUAUGGACAAAAAACAAUCAACAAUGUCAAAGUAUCUAACAAAGAAUGGCACUGCUGAACCACCUGCUAAAACUGAAGCAGUUAUCGCUGCCGAAGAAGCUGCUCGCGAAGAGCGGGCUCAAAAUCUUAUAAAAGAAAUGGAACGGGUGCGAAAGGAAAAGGAGGAAAAACAAGCAGAAUUGGAGCGUAAAAAAGCCGAACGUGCGGCAAAGAUCGAUGAAGAAGCUGUUGCUUUGGCCAAAAAAACCGAUGAUCUCGAUCGACCCGAUCAGAGAAUUAUGCCAAAAUAUCAAACAGUCAUUACAAAUAUCCCCGCCAAAUAUUUUGGCGAUGCUCUGUAUAUCAAUGAGUUUAUGAAUUCAUUUUCGGGAAUCCUCUGCGGCAACAAUGUUUUCCGAAAUAAAAUAACUUUCUACGAACUGAGUCGAGCAUUCACUGCUCGGGAAAUUGUAGGUCCUCUCAGCGACAUAAUCUUGAUCCUCAUGGGGACGAUUUUCGGUCUUCAGCAGGAGGAAGAAUCGGAAUGUGCUGUUGAUUAUGUCCGAGUGAAGCAUAACGAUCAAGAACCAUACAAAACCAGAGAUGAGGCUUCUGAAACCCACGAGUUUGUUAGUCGACAUUUCUCCUUCAAACUCAAUCAGUUGCCAUUGGAUGCGCACACAAUUAGCGAAGUGGUACGCCUGCAUUUCCUCGCAUCCGGAGCUAAUGUCAAUGAGAAAGCAGAACGUUAUCGUUUAAUGUACCGCAAUGGUUACUAUUCGUCAGAAGAUCCUGGUCUAGUGUUUCGAAUGCAACAGCCACAUGUUCUGCGAGCUUUGAAGAUGUACACAAUCUAUCAGUUGCCAAUGAUGGAAAUAUUUAGAAUUCUCAACACUCUGAUAGCGCAGAUUCUGAGUUAUUCCUCAACGAUUAAUCUCAUUGAAGAACGCAUGGAAGCGACUGCCAAGGCUAAAAUGGAACUUAAAGCUCUUGUAUCGGCUGAGAGACAACGUACUCUGGCCGUUGAAGCUGAACGUAAAAAGUUAGUUGCUGAAUACGCUGCACAGUGUUUGGAACAACCUACAGAAGUCAAACAGCUUGAGGAAAAGUUGAACAAAAAAGUUGCCGAAAUGUUGGCACUGAGUGCCCGAGAAAAGAAAAAGUUCGUUGAUCAAUUGACGAAACUUCGCAGCUCCUUGUUUGAUUAUAUGGUUUUCUUGGGAAGAGAUCGUGCCUAUCGAAAGUAUUAUGUCUUAGAGUCUAUUCCAGGAGUGUUUGUUGAACAUCCGGUAGAGUCUUUAGACGUGUGUUUGGAAAAUCCACCGAAAAAUGUUCCUCACUUUGUGGGUUGUCCAAAAGGCUUGAAAGAAAUUCGUGUCUAUUUGGCAAAGUUGUAUGCCGAAGAAGAUGGCAAAAAGAAACGAAAGUCUCUUGCUCCUGUUGGAGGUACUGCAACUGCAGCGGCCGCUGCUGCAGCAGCUCAAGAUAACAAGGAGAACAAAGAGAAUCAAGCUGUUGUUAAUGGUGAGGUUAAAUUGAAUGGCGAUGCUACUAAAAUGGAAGUCGAUGGAGAAGUUGAACCACAACCAGUUGUUGUUCCGCCAGAGCCUCCUACACAAUAUGAAUUGUUGAUGUGCACUGGGGACCCUAAAAAUUGCUACGUCCAUGAUCCCAAAAAUUCAGAACAUCAAAGAUGGGCAUAUUUUUACAAAGAAGAAGACAUUGAUGCUGUUAUUAAUAGUUUGAAUGUACUUGGUGAAAGAGAGAGUCAGUUAAAGGAGAACUUUGUCACCAUGAGGGAGUUGAUUGUGGAACACACUAAACACUGUCCCGUUGAUAUGUUGUCAAUGGAAAAAGAAGAAUCGUCACAGUUUUCACGUUUUAAGCUUCAAAUGAAAACUGAAACAAAGAGGAAAUAUAAUACUGCCAAUUUUGGAUUUCCAGAUGAUCAUGAUUUGAAUGAGGUGAUGUAUGCUAUGCUUGUUGAUCGUGUUCUUCAAUUAGAAAUCGAUAUAACAUCGGGAGACUUGGGAAAACUUAAAGUAAAAGAUCUUGAAAAAUGGCGCACAGAUGUACAAAAUAACACAUAUGACUCACAAGGAGAACUCAUCUGGGGUGGUGAGCAAAUUAAAAAACCUUACAAAGAUCCCGGAUUAGGUCUCGGUGAGACGUUAGAAAUUGACUCGGAAGAUAGUUCGGAUGAGGGUAUAUCACUUCAUGAUUCAACUUUACUACGUCAAUGUGUAAAGAAUCUGGCCUCAGCUCUGUUACAAAUCGAACAGGGUAUUGAGCAGAAAUUCAUGAAGGAGCCAUUCGGUGUAAAGAUCAUUAAAAACGACAAAACAAUGGAACCACUUUUAGAAAAAGGUCGCGAACGUCUCAAAGAAUGGGAAAUUUCGUUGAUGCAUUCUACAAGUUAUUCUCAAGUUUUCCUGCAUUUAAAUAUCCUCCAUGGAGCUAUUAACUGGCAGCGAUCGACAAAUAAAUCACUUUGUGCGAUAUGUCGCCGUGGAACAGAUCCUGAAAAGAUGUUACUUUGUGAUGAGUGUAAUGCUGGUACUCAUAUGUUCUGCAUGAAACCGAGAUUACGAAAAGUUCCUGAGGGUAAUUGGUAUUGUCAUCGAUGUGUGACUAAAUUAGGCUUUUCAAAUGAAAAACAAGAGCCCAAGAAGAAGAAACAGAAACGAGCCUUUUUGAUAGAUGAGGAAGAUAAUGCCAGUGUCGGGUCAUCACAAUCCAACAGUCGUAGACAGAGUAAGAGAAGACGUUCAACGGAAGAAGAAAUUGAGGAAGAAUUGUGCAACGAUGAUGAUGGUUUGGAAGACGAUGAUGAUGCUGCUGGUGAUGACCAAGUUGAAGAGAAUGGAGUUGAAGAGGAAGAUGAGGGCGAAGAAGAGCAACAGAAAAUGAAUGAAACACCAGGAGAUCCCUUGUCAACUACAAAUGAUAUAGAAGAAGAUUCUGAUAGCGGAGAUGAAGAAAUUUGUGCAGUAUGUUCAUAUAAUGGUGGAGAAAUUGCUUGCACUGGAUGCAAAUCAAUUUACCAUUUAGAUUGUGCAGAUUUAAGGCGAGCUCCCCGCGGUAGCUGGAAUUGCAAAACCUGCCGUAAUGAUCAGAGUAAAAAACGCAAGAGCAAACAAAACGAUGAUUCGACUGAUGAUGAAGAUUUUGACGAACCUUUAGCUAAACAAGUUCGUUCAUCAGCCAGCAGCAGUAGCAAGCGAUCAUCUGUACGUAGUUCAAUGCAUGACAGCUUUAAUGGUAGUAACGCUGAUGAUUCGAUUCGUUACAAUAACAACAACAACAAUCGUCGUCGACGUGCCGAAAAUCUUCCUCUAAAUAGCUCCUUGCUAUAUGAGCUUCUAAAUGAAAUUAUGAAAAAUGAAAACUCUUGGCCAUUCCUCAGACCUGUUAGUCAUUCUGAAGUUCCUGAUUAUCAUACAAUAAUAAAAGAACCCAUGGACUUUGCCAAAGUUAAAUCAAAGCUUAACAUGGGCAAGUACACAAUUAAUGAAGAGCUUUUAAAAGACAUUGAACUGGUGUUCAAAAAUUGUGACAUUUAUAAUCAGGAAGGAAAUGAAAUUUAUGAAGCCGGAAGUGCUUUGGAAAAAUUCGUCAUGCAGCGAUGCAAGGACCAAAAUCUACCUUUUCAACCAAGCGACAUGAAUCGAUUAUGAGCCAACGAAACCAGUGAUACGGAGUCGACUCCUCCUCCUACCACUGACAACCCCAACAAUUGCAGAAUGUUUUUUAUUUAGUCAGCAGUCUGUUCACAAGAAUCAUCGCAUUUGUCCUAAAGUCUGCGAAUUGGAUGUCCAAAAGAAGAAAAAAAAAAAAAGAAAACUAUCCAAAGCAUUUUAAUUUGAUUGAUUUCCUUAUGUUGUUGAUUAAAUUAUUAUAAUAUUCAACAUUCAUCAACAAAUAAUUGUCGAGCAAAACAAAAAAAAAAAAAAAGAGAA